AUGUCGGUCGCAACCAAGAACCUAUUCGCCAUCCUUGGUGACGACGACGACGUCGCCGCCCCAAAGGCCGCUCCCGCUAAGGCUGCUGCCCCUGCCGCCACCCCUGCGCCCCAGCGCAACAUUCCCGGUGCCGGCAACCAGCGCCGCGGCGGUGCCCGCAACGGUGCCCCCCGUGCCGCUGCCGGUGCUGACGCUGUUGAGGGUGAGCAGCAAAAGGAUGCCCGUGCUGGCCGUCCCCGUAAUGGCGAGAGCCGCGGUCGUGGUGGCCGUGGCCGUGGUCGCGGUGCUCCCCGAGGCCGCGCCUUUGACCGUCACUCGCAGACCGACCGCGUCGACUCUCAGAAGGCUGUCGCCCAGGGUUGGGGCGGUGAGGACGGCAAGAAGGAGCUCGACAACGAGCAAAAGGCCGAGGCCGAUGCCCAGGCUGAAGGUGCUGAAGCUGGCGCCACUGCCACGCCUGCUGAGGCCGAGAAGGUGCCCGAGGAGGAGGAGGACAAGACCAUGACCCUCGACCAGUACCUCGCCGCCCAGGCUGGCAAGAAGCUUAACAUUGAGAGCAAGGCUCCCCGUGAGGUUGCCACCGACGACUCUGCCUACGCCAAGCUGACCAAGCACGAGAAGGAGGAGGCCGACUACUUUGCCUCGACCAAGACUCAGAAGGCUAAGACGCGCACCCAGAAGGAGGGCAAGCAGCUGCUCGACAUUGAGCAGACCUUCAACCAGCCCGCUGUUCAGCGUGGCGGCCGUGGCGGUGCUCGCGGUGGUGCUCGUGGCGGCGCGCGUGGCGAGCGUGGCGCUGGCCGCGGUCGUGGUGGCCGUGGUGGCCGUGGCGGCAACGUUUCGGUCAACCUUGCCGACAAGAACGCCUUCCCCUCGCUCGCCUAA